UGGUGUGGUAGUGUGGGCUCUGCAAAGACUAAAACAAUCCUUAAUGACUGGAGGCGCAACACACCAGAGAGUAUGAACACGUCACAUCCACAGGAGCAGCUGUGCCCUCAUGCUUCAGAUACCACCUGGUAUCUGCCUCUGGUUCAGCAGCACCACAGAACAUGGUGAAAAGAAUCCAGAAUCUUUCUCUUGAAUAAUAGGCCAAGGUUGGCAAUCUUUUACUAACAGCAGGCUGCCACUCAUGAUCUGAAGAAUCUCUUUGUGAGUCAGAUUCACAGGCCACAGGCUGUUAACCUCUGGUUUAGUGGGGUUUGCUCAAUAGGUUAUCUUAAUACUCUCUUGCUUCUAUAAGUGAUUUUUUUCCUGUUUUUUCUCAUUUGCUUGUUUUUAUAAGUUAUUUUUCUCUCUCCUGGAAGGUGCCCUCAGCCUUUGUUGGGAAGGAUGACAAAUCUAAUAAAUAAAACAACCAACCAAUCAACCAUGGAUAUUUUCCUAGCAUGGAAAUAGCAUCAAGCUUUACAGAAAUAUUGAGGACUUUUUAAUAAUGAACAAAAAGAAUAUUCAGUAGAGCAAUAUUUCCCAAAAUAAAAAGAUUGAUUGAAAGAUUGUAGACCUUUUCUCUAAGAGUUUAGGAAAGGACCCAAGGUUGCACUGAAAAAUAAAAACUACAAAGUUCUUGAUUAGUGCUAGUUUGCACAGGAGGCAUGCAUGCCCAUGUAGAAUUCAAGCCAGAUGUCUGCUCAUUUGGUAAUGCUCAGAACAAAUUUAGCAUGCAGAGGGAAAACACAUCGGCAGUCAGUGCCUACACAUAUCUUGCUUGCAGGGCACUUCUCUAAAGUCCAUGUCUCUCUAAAGGUCUGCUUAAGCCCUGGGACAGGUAGACCUUUGAUGUCAUAAUUAGUGAUGUCAGUGGCUUGAGUGUUCUGAAAGUGCCACCUGUGUUCCUGCUGCUUGCUAUGUUUUCUGCCAGCGCAGUCAAAGAGAAUCAGCAUCCAUGACACUGGAAAGGAAGUGUCACUCAAAGACCAUUCAAGCUCCAGCUCUCUGCCUGUAGCAGCUGUAAAGGAAGGCCCUACAAGGAUGGGAGCAAGAACCCAUACAAACCCUAAAGAUGAAAAAAUGUCUUCAUUGUCCAACAAAGACCCCAGGAUAGUGAAAGAGACUAGAGCAGUGAUCAUAGACAUUGGCACAGGUUACUGUAAGUGCGGGUUUGCUGGGGACCCUAAGCCUUCCCAUGUGAUUUCAUCAACUGUGGGUAAGCAUCUCCAGGAGACUGCCAAGACUGGGGACAAUCGGAAAGAUACCUUUGUUGGCAGAGAACUUUACAGUGCUAAUAUACCCCUAAAACUCGUCAACCCUUUGAGACAUGGCAUUAUUGUGGACUGGGACUGUGUCCAAGACAUUUGGAAAUACAUUUUCCACAACAAGAUGAAGAUUCUCCCAGAGGAGCAUGCCAUCCUGGUAUCCGACCCUCCACUGAGCCCUACCACCAAUAGGGAGAAAUAUGCUGAGAUGCUGUUUGAGACGUUUGGUGCUCCUGCCAUGCAUAUUGCUUACCAGUCUAGAUUAUCCAUGUACUCUUAUGGGAAGACUUCUGCUCUAGUAGUGGAAAGUGGCCAUGGUGUUUCAUAUGUGGUUCCUAUUUAUGAAGGUUAUACUAUGCCAAGCAUCACAGGCAGAGUAGACUAUGCCGGUUCAGAUCUCACCUCUUACCUCAUGAAGCUAUUAAAUGAGUCUGGGUAUCAGUUUAAAGAGGAAGACCUAAGAAAAGUAGAAGAUAUCAAAGAGAAAUGUUGUUAUACGUCAUUGGAUGUUCCUCGGGAAAUGUCUCUUCAGAGACUGCCAGUUGAGUAUGAGCUGCCAGAUGGGCAUUUAAUUACAGUUGGCAAAGAGCGAUUCUUAUGUGCUGAAAUGCUUUUCACACCAUCCUUGAUAGGGUUCCAGCAGCCAGGGCUUGCACUGAUGACAAUGAUCUGCCUCAAUAAAUGUGAUGUUGAUCUCAGGAAGAAACUGAUGGACAGUAUCUUGCUGUGCGGAGGUUGUACCAUGCUGAAAGGCUUUGCUGACCGUUUCCAGCAAGAACUGAUCAAGAUGUGCCCUAACAACAACCCUGUUGUAGCAGCAUCGCCUGAAAGAAAGUCCUCCGUGUGGACUGGAGGGUCAAUUUUGGCAUCACUCAAGUCUUUUCAACAGCUCUGGGUUCAUCGGAGAGAGUAUGAGGAGCAUGGUCCUUUCUUUAUCUACAGGAAAUGCUUCUAAGCACACAAUGGAUAAGACUGAGUUUGGAAUCAAGCCUACCAUCUAAUCAGGGCCAUAUUGUGUUAAGUACCUUUAUUUCCCUCUCUAGGUACACUCUUAGCGAGGAGGUGGCUUGUGCCAUUAAAUGCUUGUAGCUUUCUGUGUUGCAUGUAGUUUUUAUCACUUGCAUUUUAACAGGAAUUUUGACACUCAGUAAAUCUAGUCCAAUGGUUAACAGGAAGCAGGUCCUGCAAUAGUAUAUAAGGAGCUCCCACUCCCUUGUCCAGGAGGGACUGUGAUAAUAACAGCACUGGCAUCAUCCUAAUGAAGCCUCAAAAACCAAGUACUAAGUAUUAGAAAUAUAGAGGCUUCUACCCUUCCAGCUGUCUGGUGCUGUUAAGGUUUUUUUGACUAAAGGGUUGGAA